AUGACUGCUAGUCUAAGCAAGCUGGGCAUUCAAGGCCGCAGGAUGUCAGCACCGAUCUGGGACAUGAUUGCUGCCACGCAUCGACCACGCUCGGAAGAUGAUAUCAGAGGUGUCCGCCAAAGGACAUGUUCUAACGUUAACGGAGCUGAAUCUGUCUGCAUGUCAACCCCGGACCCAACCGUCAGCCCUACUCCUUGGCUGCAGCGAUCAAUACAGUACCCGCAGUUUUCACAGAUCACAUGCACAGCGCAACGUCUUGUCCGGCGGGUUGACAAGCAGGAAUCAAUACCAAUGUGCGCUGCCACCGGCUGCUUAACACAGAAAAGUGACGACAUACCAAAGGAAAGGCACUGUCACGGCCUCCAUUCUCACGGCCGCCAUUCUCACGGCCUCCUUUUUCAAUCUGCCUACCCUACAGGGGUUUUUUGUUUCUGGUUCACGGUACACUGUGCGAUCAACCACUGGCCGACAUGGACCCUCAUCUGGAAGCGCAUAAGGCCAAACGUCGUUUGA